GUUAAGGUUUUUUUAUUGUUUUUCUAACCUCCAUGGUUUUUAAAAUUUAUCUUCCAAUUUAUAGCAGUUUAUAAGUUGUUAAAAAAAUAACAUGGAUAAUGUUGAAGAAGAAAAAAUUUACAAGAAAAUUGAAGAACUUUCGGUGCCAAUUCUAGAGUCUCUUCAACCGUUAGAGAUUGAGAACUUUUCACCCUUUUACCUACGAUAUUAUGAAGAUAAAUAUUGUGUUGCAUUUAAUGAUAAGGAGCAUAAUCAUGAUAUUCUAUUAAGAUUUCAUUCAAAUAGAUUGGUAUUAAUUUCUAUAGCAAAAGGUCACGAUAUUUUUAAAGGAAAACUUAUUGAGAAAAUCGAUUUUAAUGUUAACGGUAGAAAUCUGAAAGAGAUUAUUGUAUCAGGAAAAAAGAAGAAUGGUGCAAAAAAAUUAAACAGAGAAUCGGUUUUGUGCUAUCUUCAAUGUAAAGAUGAUGAAAAUAGGUAUCCAAUAUACACAAGCAUUUUAGCAUCACUAAUAGAGAUUAACAGUCAUAUUCUAAAAGAUCCACAACUACUUGUAUCAGAUUACAAAAAACUUGGAUAUAUUGGAGUGCUUUAUCCAAAAUGUUAUGGACCUUACUCAAUGUCGGUAGAAGCCAUGGCUCAAAAGUACAACCUGCUUUCAGAAAAGGAGUAUGAGGAAUAUUUAUCGACUAGAUGAAAUACUUUUACUUUAAAUUUCAUUUGUAUCCUUAAAUUAAUCAAAAAAUUUUGUACAUAAUUUAUGAAAAUUUUGUAUUUAAUAAACACUACUCUCAG